AAAAAAGCCACGCCACUUUAAAUGGGUAUAAUAAAUCAAAGCAUAUGUCUUUUAUGUCAUGGAAUGAAAACACCAACAAAACAGUUAUUAAACAAAACCUCACAAGCACAAAUGUAUUCAUUGUAUAAGGCUAAGCAGGCCAUUCCUUGUUUAAAUCUCAUCCCAAAAAGACUGAUGUCAUCAAAGUUUAAAAAAGAUAAUGAGACUGUCCAUAGGAAAGAUGCUGCAUGUAUUGGUGAAGGUGACAAGAUGUAUGAGCCACAGUCACCAUACAGGGAACAUUGGCCAAGACAUUAUGGAUGGGAAAAUAAGUUGUUUGGAGGAGGUGCUUUGCCGAAGUUGGAUGAACCAUUGAAGUUUGCAUUGAAACAGAAGGAUAAGGACUAUUGGGACAAGGAACAUGCUUUAUUUGGACAGAAUGAUUAUAUUGAUAUAUUAGGGGAUGGAAAUGUUAGACCAGUGGAUUUAAUGAAGGGCCCAUCAUGGAUUCGUGGAUUUAAAGGAAAUGAAAUGCAGCGUAUAAUCCGUAGACUACAGUUUGAUGGACACAAACUCCAACAACUAUAUCCGACAAAGUUUCAUAUGAUACAAAAAAGAUUGGAUUAUCUGUACAAACAUUAUAACCUACGGCGUUCUAACGCUAUAGGAAAAGGAAUAAAAAGAGUUCAGAAAUAAAAAAUAUUUCUUGCCUUUAGGAAAUUCAAAGAAUUUUUUACUUGA